AUGCCUGAUUUGAAAGCGAGUAAACCAAAUGAAGAUGACGACGACGUUAAGAAACUCAUCAUCGACCACGACUACAAAAAACUUCUCGCGCGGAACUGCUGCUGGGCAGGUCUGCACACACUAUGCAUUGGUCUCUUUCUCUUCGGGUACUUCGCGUACCCUUUGUGCCCAUACAACCAAACUACGGCUAUGGGUUUUAUUUUCAUUGGAGCCAUGUCUUUUCUUACUUUCUGGACAUACAUUUUGAUUGUGUUCUGUGAUACACUUAUGUUUAACGAAGGUAUAACCGAUUUUGCGGAGGUGUUUAUUAACAAAUUGAACCAAGCUAACUCGUUGUGGUUCAUGGUCAAUGCCACUCAAUGGUGUCUGAUGUUAGUCGGUUUAAUCAUCAUAACUGCCUUUGCUGCGCCUUUGUUCCAGACUAUAAAUGACGAUGAUGAAGCAAUCUUCGAUGUUAUUGCUUGUACUUCUUACGAGAAAUGUUGUGACAAAACUAUUUACAUUUUAGGGCAUAUCUUUAUUCUUCUCGUAUGGGCGCUCUACGUCAUUAUAGCCAUUUUGUUCCUCGUCUUCUAUAUUGUGCCAGCUUGUAAGAGAUGUUGCAAUAAGAAGAAGCAAGAAGAUGAUGACGAGUCGGAGGGUGAGGGUAGCAUAUCUGUUACCACGAGACCAUCGGAGCUACCUAAACCUCCUGAUACAACAAAACCCCCAUCGUCCAAGCCCUCGUCCAAACCACCGAGUAAGGGCACUAGCCCAGAACCACCGCAACAGACCCCCACUAAAACUCCAACGGAGUCCGAGAAGCCAACUAAAUCGCCUACAAAGUCCGAUGAACCGACCAAAACACCUACGAAGUCUGAGGAACCGAGCAAAACGCCUCCCGAAACUGCUGAACCUACUGAAGAACCAACUGAGGAUCCGACUAAAGAACCAUCCACGGAACCUUCCCAGGAACCUUCAUCGCCUCCGUCAGUAACCGCUGUUCCACCGCAGAAAGGAGGAAGUCCAGGAGAAGAACCAUCGGAACCUGAUAAGGGUCAAGAACCCACUGAACCCGCAAAAGAUCAGGCAGAAAAAGAUGGCGACCAGGAACAAGAUGAUCAGAACCCGGAUGACCAGGAACAAGAAACCGAAGGUGGAGAUGAUCAGAAUCUGGACGAAGAGGAACCAACCGAACAGGCCACUGGUCAGGAACAAUCUGAACCGCCGUCGGAUCAAGUGGAAGGCGAAGAGCCGAGUCAGCCUGGCAAAGAUAAAGGAGGAAAACCCUCUGAGGCAGAUAAGAAGUCUAAAUAG